AUGACCGCUGUGAUGUCACCGCUCGUGCUGGCGCUGGCGCUGCUGCUGACCACCGCCGAUCGGGUUCAGCCCGCUCUCGAUGGCGGAUCCGCGGCCGUCCGACCCGAAGCGGACGCCACGGCCACGGGCGUCUGGUCCAAAUUCGGGCUGGUCGUCCAGAAGCACGCGGCAGGCCAGUCGACGCCCCACACCACCGAGACGUCGGGCAUAAUCAUGAGGGCCCCUGACCCCCCAGCCCCUGGGGUCGGCCCACCCUUGGCUUCAACAGCCAUCGCUCCCACGGCCCUGGGCAAGUCAUGGACCCAGAUAUCCGUUACACACCCUCCUCCGCGACUACCGUCGACACAUCCGCCAAUCAAGUCCGUGACCACGACCACUGCCAAGUCCGUGGUCGCCACCAGCACGCAAGAUGCCCGCAGGGACAUACCGUUCAGGUAUCAGCCGAUGCUGAGCACAACCAGGCCGGUGAUCACCAUUACCUUCCCACCUCCCCGCCUGUCUACAGCCCGACCGACUGUCAAUACAGAGGAGGUGACCUCCAAACGGGUCAGGCAGUACGAGGACGACGAUGACGACGACGACGAUGACGAUGACGACGACGAAGACGAAUACGAUGUGGACGACGACGACGAUCACGAGGACAAGGGUGAGGAGGAAGAGAUCGAAGAGAUCGUCGAGGUCCAACACAUCGACUCUUCCGACAGUUACGGGGACGAGAAGCCGGCGAUCGUCAAAAAGAAACGCAGGCGGAAAAAGAAGGGAAAAAAGCACAAGCCGUUCAAGGUGAAGGACUUCAAGAAACUGAAGAAGUUCAUGUUGCCGCUGCUGUUGGCGUACAAGCUCAAGUUCUUCACGCUCGUGCCACUGAUGUUGGGUGGACUGGUGCUGAUCGUUGCCACCACUGGUUUUGCUGGGUUCUUUUUCGCACUGUUCGCGGUCGGCUUGGGUCUUAAGGGACACCACUGA